CUGGUUUUGCAACACCCAGCCAAGAGGCCCUCUGGGAAUCUCUGCACGCAAGGUCAUUAUGGAACUGGAAAGCCCUGCCCAGGGCGGGGCGGAGCCUGCCUCUUCAUCUGCACACUUAGGCAGCUCUGGGCACAGCAGGUGCCUGUGUACACUCAGCACGCUCCAGACCCGCACACAUGGUAUAGUCUUGCAGCUCAGGCUGAGAGGUCUGCGGGUGUUGUGAGCUCCCACCCAGCCAUGUCGUCCUGCAGCCGCGUGGCGCUGGUGACCGGCGCCAACAAGGGCGUCGGCUUCGCCAUCGCGCGCGCCCUGUGCCGGCUCUUCUCGGGGGACGUGGUGCUCACGGCGCGGGACGAGGCGCGGGGCCGGGCCGCCGUGCAGCAGCUGCAGGCCGAGGGCCUGAGCCCGCGCUUACACCAGCUGGACAUCACGGACCUGCAGAGCAUCCGCGCCCUGCGCGACUUCCUGCGCCGGGAGUACGGGGGCCUGGACGUGCUGGUCAACAACGCGGCCAUCUACAUGGAAAACCCCAAAGUUGUGGAUACCACGCCCUUUCAUAUUAAAGCGGAGGUGACUAUGAAGACAAACUUUGAUGGCACCCGAGAUGUCUGCACGGAGCUGCUGCCUCUCAUGAGGCCCAGAGGCAGAGUGGUGAAUGUGUCCAGCCUGAUGUGUCUCAGAGCCCUUAAAUCCUGUAGCCCGGAGCUGCAGCACAAGUUUCGCAGUGAGACCAUCACGGAGGAGGAGCUGGUGGGGCUCAUGAAGAAGUUUGUGGGAGACGCGAAGAAGGGGGUGCACCAGAAGGAAGGCUGGCCUGACACUGCCUAUGGAGUGACCAAGAUGGGCAUCACUGUGCUGUCCAGAAUCCAGGCCAGGCACCUGAGUGAGCAGAGGGGAGGGGACAAGAUCCUCCUGAACGCCUGCUGCCCAGGGUGGGUGAGAACCGACAUGGGGGGACCCGACGCCACCAAGAGACCAGAAGAAGGAGCAGAGACCCCCCGUGUACUUGGCCCUUUUGCCUCCAGAUGCCGAGGGCCCUCAUGGACAGUUUGUCAUGGACAAAAAAGUUGAACAGUGGUGAGCUCACCCCCAGCUCUACCCAUGGGUCCUGCUUCCUAGCCUGUCCUGUUUUAACCCAAAGGACUUUACACUGUCAGCCAAUGUCCCAGCCACUGGGGAAAUCAAAACAUCGCUAUCAACUAAGACCUGCAAAUGUUCUACGACUUCUCUCUUGGCUACUCAGUGACUAGAGUGCUAAUUCUGUGAAUUCUCUUGAGAUCCCUCUGUGAUGGGGGAGAGAGGGUGCGAUUGCUGAAAAUAACAACUGGAAAUCAAGGGUUGAAUAAAUGCUUCUUCAGAAAGGUCUAUAUGCAGAUUGUUUAUGUGCUGAUGAAAAUCCACCCCACAUGCCAGGACAGGGAAGAGAGAUUGGGCUCAAGUAGGAAUUCAGGAAGCAACCUUGGGAACUAAUACUCAAAGGUUGCCUAGAAGGAGGAGGGCUGACAAAGGGUAGGGUCGGUCUUUGCUAAAGUGACCUAGCAGGAUUCUUUUUGAAAGCAGACUGGGGUGAUCAGAUGUCCCCUGUGGAGUGGUGUGGGGUGAGAAAUGUGGUCAGGAGCCAGGGUGAGCGAUCCUGGCCAGGGCUUGCAAGGACAGAGGCUGAAGCCCCGGGUCAGUCCUUGUUGAGCAGAGGCGUCAGAAGAGCUCCAGGAACAUUUGGUCAAGGAGCCAGGCUUUGUCAUGGCCCAAGCAGACACCAGCCAGGCCAUGCUGUUGGUUCUUGAGGCUCCUGGGGCACUGCUCUCUUUGUUCCCAUAAAUGCUGAGUAAGUGCUUCCCCCAGGGGGAGGCCCUGAGUAAUCACAGCUGGAUUGAAUGGAAGCUCAGGUCUAAGGCAGAAUUGCCCGGCUGUGCAGUUUAAAGAAGGGUCUCUGCAGAAAGAUCUCCGUGCAGUUCUCCAGGUGCAUUACAUGUUGGGCUGAGGGAGGUGGACACAGGUGUCUUGCAUUCAAUGGUGGAGGUAUCUGGAUGAGGUGUGUGGGGUUCCAGGAUAAAGUGGAGUUCUUAAUCAUGCAGGUCUGUGCCUACAUCUGGUAUUGAUGGGUUACUCAUUAGCAGCUCCCUGCUGUGCACUGGGAAAGCAGUGGGUGGUGGAACAAGUACUUGACUUCUGCCAGCCGUGUGGGAGACCCAGAUGGCGUUCUUGGCUAUGUUUGGUACAGCCCCAGGUACUGAGGACAUUUGAGGAGUGAACCAGAGGAUAGACGAUCUCUUUCUCUCUCUUUCACACACACUCUCUCUCCCCCUCUCCCUCUCUUACUGUGACACUCAAUACAUUCAAAUAAAGAAAUAAAUGGUUUAAAUAGUAAAGUAGUGUUGAAGUUAACAGACUGUGCUUUGUCAGAUGGCCUUUUCACAAAAACACAAAGCUCUACCACCUACUGAGACCAGCGAGCAGCGUCAGGGCCACAGAGACUUAGGUCAAAGGUGUCGUCACAGGCACAGUUGAAGCAGGACCCAAAUCCUGUGCCUAAGAAACAGGAAAGUGAAGCAAAUGUGGACACAACUGUCACAUGCAAACCGGGAACAUGAAAUGCAAAGAUCCCCUGUUUAAGCAGAAACAGCUCGAGCACCCGUUGUCCUGGAAGACGUCUACGUUUAGAAAGAUGAGGUCAUUUCAGCGACUAUCACACAACUACUCUGGUCCAGCCCCAGACGAGGUCUCAGUCACUCACCUCUGUCCUAAAAUCACCUGCCUGCCAAUUAUGUGAGCGUGGGGUCAAUGCUCACGACCACGUGGCGUCUGUUGGUCCCCCUCGCACAGGAAGUUCCUACUGAGGUGAUUGGUGUUUCCUGUAGUGAUCUGAUUUUCUGGCAUUCCCCCAGGAGGUCUUGAUGGCUCUUUGGAGAGCACUCAGGAGACAUGGCCAGGCCUCUGGCAGGGCUGGUAGUAACAGGGCAAUUGUGAGAGGCACAGAAGCAGAUGGGCUCAAGGACUCCUGCAAGGAAGAGGAAUCCCCCAAGUUCCCCGCAUCUGUGAGGACGGAAGCCAAGCGUGGGGACAGCACCGUGGUGUGCAGCAAGCAGAUCGGAGACUGACACAGAAGGUGCAUUCCUAGGAGACGGUCUCAAGGCUGCAGGACCGGCAUCCUGCUUCGUUCACGUUGCAGGGAGGAGGGAAGAGCGGGCCGGCUGGGGGGGGGCAGACAGCAGACUGGAGGGAAGGAGCCAGGACCAGGAGCUUCCACCACUGUGUCCCUACGGGGCCCACAAGGACACUCAUGAGGCCCCUGGUACCUCCAGUGAGAACACAGACGAGUCCAAACACAACCCCCCAGUUUGAGCCCACAGUUCCUCUUCCUGUGCAAGAAAUUAAAAUGUUGGGGGAAGAUGAAGAGGGCCAAGCUGUUCUAAUUGGCUUCAGAGAAGGACAACCCAGAAUGGAAGGAGGCAGUAACAAGGGGUCUCACCUUCCUUUCCUUUCCCCUCCUCUACCUCCCUUCCUCUCUCUCUCUCUCUCUCUCUCUCUCUCUCUCGUGUAUCUCCAUCUCUAUCACUAUCUCUAUCUCCGUUAUAUUUACUAAGAUUCUGCCCAUAGCUUUAUGUAACAGACAACAGCAUACCAGCCUGCCACUCAACUGGUUUAUGCUUAAGUCUCUGCUCCAAUAGGAAGCUGUUUAAAAAAGAAAUGAAAAGCCUGCUGUGUACAUGCUAACUAUCUUGGCGGGUAUGCCAUGAAACAUGGAAAUGAACUUCAGAAAGCAAGCGUAAGGAGUUAAUAAAGCUGAACCUUGAAACCUAAAUAAAAUUCGGACAGAGAAUAAGUAACUAGCCCUGGUUACGUGUGAAAUUUUCCUGAGUGGUUAAAGCUUACCACCACAAAGCAUGCAUUGUGGAAUCUUUAGCUCGCAAGGUCUGAAAGUGCCAGUGUCUAUUUGAAAUGCUUCUUCUCCAAAGCCCAGGUGAAGCCAGAGUUAAUGCCCAGGGCGUCCAUUUUAAUGCUAAAACUAUUCAGGUACUGUUCAGGGGGAGGUAAAGCCCAGGCUGCAGAGGGCCUGUUUCUCUGGCUCACUCAAAGCCGCCCAGGACAGAGCCCCAGGACGAGCUCAGCAAAGGGCAGGAGUGCUGUCCGAUGGCGAUGGCGUCUCCAUCUUUAGGCUAAGAUCAAGCCUAGAGCGCUGUCCGCAGCUCUGAGCGCCCCAGGAAGCAGGCGACUGCGUCCCCAGAAAGAGGAUGUGUGAGGACCCAAGUCACUGCUGUUGUGCUUGCUAGAGACAGCAACCCCACCCCAUCCCCAACCCUAACAGCUCCUUGUCCAGGUCAAUAAAUGUAUACAAGGGGCAAAAUUAAACACACUUGCCUACAGUGUAAGGAUUUUAGAACAUCAGUGUGUUACUGGGAAGCACUUUAGUUA